GAAGACUAAGUUUAGUAGAAGCAUUGGUAUUCCUGUUCAUGAGGGAAUCAAUUGGCGAAAAAGUUGGAAUUCUGAAAUGGACGACGACAGCGAUCAGGAGCAUUUGAUCCAGGACGAUUACUACACGUUCCUGAACAUCCCAAGAAAUGCGACACAAGAGGAGAUUAACUAUGCGUAUCGCAGACAGAGCAUACUCUAUCAUCCUGACAAACAUGUGGACCCUGUGCUCAAGAAAGAAGCAGAGGUUUUGUUCAACCGUACCAAGGCAGCGUAUAAAGUCUUGAGUAAUCCACAUCAAAGAGCUAUUUAUGAUUCUGUGGGGGUCAGGGGCCUACAAACUGAAGGCUGGGAGAUUGUAGAGCGCACUAAGACUCCUCAAGAGAUCAGAGAAGAAUAUGAGUACCUUGCAAGGGAAGCAGAAGAAAGAAAAUUACUAAGGCUCACGAAUCCAACUACCAGUGUCACAAUGAAUAUCAAUGCAACAGAUCUUUUUAAUCAGUAUGAUGAAGACUAUGAAGUUUCAUGCAUAGAAGUCAGUGGAAUGUCAUUUACGCAGUCCAUUGAGGCGCCUCUUACUUUGCAAGACAUUGUAACGAUGUACGGUCAUUUGAGUACAAGGAAUGGUAUAGGUUCAGGUUCCGUACACGUCGCGGUGAAGAGAUUGCUUUCCUCAAAGGGUUGGGUGGAAAUGGACGUCGGUGCUGGCAACGGACCGACGAUAUCUUUGAAAGGAUUUCGUUUAUUGCCAUAUAAACUGAUGUUGAACGCGGCAACUAUACUGGAGUUCACUCCAAACGAAAGCAAGGCUAGUCUUAUAGGCACUCUCACAAUGCAACUGGACACCCAUACAAUGGGCCAACUUUCAUACAAUGCAGGCUCAGAAAGCUCUAUGAGUACUGCCAUCGUCAGAAGUACACCGAGAACUCACAUGUCAUGUUCCAUACACCUUGGUAUCUUACGAUCUUUCGUUAGUUUUAAUUACACCUAUAAAAUGCAGGAGAAAGAGAUGAAAUUACGUGGAAGCGUGAAAGCUGGCACGGUAGGAGUGAUUGUGGAAUAUGGAGCCGAAAAGAAAAUUUCACGGCAUAGUAGAUUGUCCGCGACAGUGUCUGCAGGAGUACCAACAGGAGUGACAUUAAAGAUCAAACUGAGUCGUUCCUUCCAGACUUACGCGUUCCCCAUUCAUUUAAGUGACGAAGUUCUUCCAGCCACUGUGUUCUACGCCACUGUAGUUCCUUUGAUGACGUGGAUGAUCGUGAAGAAGGUCGUGAUAGAUCCCAUGGUGAAGAAACGGGAGGAACAUAAGAAGGAGAAAGAGAGAGAGGUGAACAAGACGAGGAUGUUGGAGAAGCAAAAGGAAGCAGAGAGUGCCACCAAAUUAAUGAAAGCUACCGUGAGUAGGAUAAGAGCUCAAGAAGAGUCAAAGAAGGGUUUGAUCAUCACGAAAGCUCUGUACGGGAGAUUUGUCUAUCCCCAAGAGGAUUUAUAUAAUUCAGAGCAACAAUCUAUACGCAGGGAUGAAGUUAUAGAUGUGACCAUUCCCUUACAAUGUCUAGUAAAGGAUUCAAAGUUGAUCCUCUAUGAUGCUUCUAAGAGUGAACUGCCGGGAUUUUAUGAUCCAUGCGUAGGAGAGGAGAAACAGUUGUUAAUACAAUACCUAUUUCGUAACCAAACCCACGAAUGCAUAGUGAAGGACAAUGCACCAAUCAGAAUACCAUUACCAUCUCAUAGAGUGAAUACGACAUGACGUAUGUGCCACCAUGAGAAAGCGAAGUAA